AUGUUAAAUAGGAAAUACUUCAGACUACUUUCCGAUAAAAAGAUAGUGAAGCAUAAGAGUUGCGGAUCUUUAAGCUCUACCCCUACAAAUAGAAAUUUCAGCAACAAUAACAAAAAUUCUGAAUUUGAGAUGGACGCAGCAGAGGCAUAUCCUAAAAAGAUGAAGUAUCAACGUGUGAUUCAGAUGACACUUCAGAGACUUCAAAACUACUAUAAAGCAGAAAAGCCCUUCAAAACCCGGCAAGACAUCCUUCGCUCUGCCUCUAAGGAAGUGACUUGUCUUCAGGAUCUUAGUAUCAUUCCGAGAAUUGUUGAGGAUGAUUACAUUCGUGAAGUAGCAGAAAAGAUUGAUGGAAGAGAGAAACUAAAAAUAUCAGAACCAAAAUCUAGCUCUGAAAUUGAUGAAAUGAUUACCCAUGUUGACAGGUAUCAAGUAGACAUCCUCGAAGAGAAGCUAGGGUCUUCUGUCGGGUACAAAUUAAUAUCUACUUAUGACAGAAGAAGACUCCAGACGAAGAAAAAUAGAAGACAGAGGAGGAAGAAGCUAAUGAGAGCUUAUCUCGAAAAGAUUGCUAAAGAGUAAAACGGGAUAAGCCUAACACUGUGACCAUGGUAUGACUUCCUAUAAGUUUUAUAU